AUGCCUAAACUCCCAAUCCUGAUUGUCUCUGUCCUCUCCAUACUUAUGCUCACCGGAGGAAUCUUCGCCACUGUCCUUCCCCAAGGACUCAGACGCGAAAUUUCUGUGCCCUACUGCGAAGAUACCCCCGAGAAUUUGAUCACCAAUCUGCGCCGUGACGAUCAUGAUGGCAACAGCGAUGCCGGCCGCGAAGAUGUCGGUGAUUCCACUCAGGAAGACCUAGCAGCUCCCCCCUGCAACACAAAUUUUCAUUGCAACCUGGGUCAGGUUUGCAAAAAGGGUAAUUGUGUCGCUGGCUGCGGAACCAAUGUGGACUGCUCUCGCUUUCAUACCUGCUUUAAUGGCACAUGUCAAGACGGCCGUGGCGGCCUAUGCUCUCCAAACAAGAACACAUGUUCUUUUCAUGCCGACUGUUGUUCUGGUCGAUGCAAGCGCUGGGGCGGUCUCAUCGGAAGGAAGAAGUGCAGGGGUUCUAGAAAGUAGUGGGUUGUCUCGUCUU